UACACAUCACUCAAGCUCUUCAAAUACAGUGCGCCUUCUAAGCUCUCUGUGACUGGAAUCCUGUUCACAGUGGGAAUUAUGAAAAUGCAGCAAAAAACCUCCUUUCAGAUUGGCUUCUUCCUUUUAGCUUUCAUGGAAAUAAUUUCAGCAGUGCCACAUGACUGCACAGAAAUUCUACGAAAGAACAGGAAUGCUACUUCUGGGCUUUACGUCAUUCAACCUGUCCGAUCCCCUCUGCUUGUGGUCAACUGUGUCAUGAGACGCAAUGGUGGAUGGACAGUAAUUCAAAGUAACACCAGAAAUAGCAAGAUCACGUGGAAGGAGAACUGGACCACAUAUAAAUAUGGCUUCGGUGAUGUGCUGAGUGAUCACUGGUUGGGUAAUGAGUACAUCUAUCUUCUAACCAGGCAGACUCAUUACAAACUGAGAAUACAGUUCAGAGAUCAUCGCAAUGCAAUUAAAUAUGCAGAGUAUUCCUCUUUUUAUUUAGAAGGUGAGAGUGGGAAGUACACCAUCAGACUUGGUCAAUUUUCUGGGAAUGUUUAUGACCAAAUGACCAGACUUACAACCAAUCAAAUGAUUGUUAACCAGGCUUUUACUACAAAGGAUAGAGAUAAUGAUAAUUACAGAAGCUGUUGUGCCUCGAGUCGUGGUGGAUGGUGGUUUGAUGCCUGUGGUUAUGCAUAUCUUAAUAACAAGUCCCCAUACUGGUCUGGAAUUCGCAUUAAUAAAGUCACCAUGAUGGUUCAAGCACUGUGUUAACUGUGGCUUCAGGAAAAAUAUCAGUUUGUUUAUCACUUGUUUAUUCAGUGGCCAUUAACAUUACAUCGCUAUUCUCGGGUAAAAAAAACAAAUUAUUUCCACUAUUACAAAAUUCCAGUAGUGUUCAGUAUCCAGUCUACUCUUAACUCCACUAUAUGCCUCAGUAAUUAUUUUAACUGGGAGGCUUAAAUAUUUACCACUCCUCUCCCUCCCAGUUGCCCCAUUAUUCAUUAUGCUCCUGGAUCCAAAUGCAUUUACUAUCAACAGCUGUUGAUAUUUUCUACCUGUAGGAGCCAUUCAUAGAUGCUAAGUGCCGAGAUAUUGUUCCUUCUGGGCAUCACAAUAUUUAUCAUUGUUCUCAUUCCUUAGGUUGAUGAUCACUGAAUAGAUUAAAUCAAGUUCUUUGCCAGAGGUGUUGUCUUUAUUUCAGGAUGUUAAAAGUUGAUAUAAUCCAGGAUGUUCAUAAAUUCUGAUCUUUCAUGUUACCAUAUAAACACUGCAUCACACCAUGUGCAAGGGAAACUUGACUUUUUUCACAGCUUAAUCUACUUUUGCAAAAUUUUAAUGCAAAAAAAUUAUACACCAAAGCACAUGGGAACAUGCUGGAAGUCUGGAAAAAUAAUCGACAGCAAUAUGUAAAUUUGUGAAGAAAGUUUCAUGACUGCCACUUAGGCUGAUUCAGUUGGGGCGAGCACAUAUUCUAAUCAAACAAGAAUUCCAUAAAUCUGCUUUAGCUCUUUUCCAGAACUGCUUAUUUUAAGUAUCAGUGUAUAUUUGAUUACUGUAAUCUUAACCAAUAAACUUUUGUGAGCAAAGACCUGA